UUUGAGUAUAGAUACGGGACCUUUGAUAGUUAACAUCGAUGUCCGUUCUAUGUUUAUAAUGGACGUCGAGUGUGAAGUAAACAGUAAUAAGUCUACAAUUUAUCAUUCAUUUAGCUGAGACAAAACAAUUAAAACGUGUAUUGGAUUCUACAUUUAUAAUUCUGUAUUUAAAUGUUAAAAGUUUAUUUCUUUCAAAAUGAUCGGGAUUAUUAUUUUAGUGGCGGGAAUCGCUUAUUUCGCAGUGUUGAGUUACAAAAAUGCUUACAAGAGAUUAGAGAAUUUCCCACCGGGACCCCCUAGUUUGCCAAUCUACGGAGCAUAUUGGAUUAUGUUACUGACUGUGAUCGACAACUUGGCAGCCGCCUGUUGGAGCAUCAGCAAGAAAUAUAAUACCAAAAUAGUGGGGCUCUAUCUAGGACAGUUCCCAACAAUCAUUAUCAAUGAUUCCGCAAUGAUUAAGGAAAUGCUUUAUACCGAGGAAUUCGAUGGAAGAUUGGAUAUUAUACUCGGCCGGCUGCGUUCUUAUUGGAAGAAGCUAGGUAUAUUCUUCACGGACGGGUACUUCUGGCAUGUACAAAGGCGGUUUUCGCUGAGGUAUUUCCGAGAUUACGGCUUUGGAAGACGGGAUGAGGCUUUGGAGACCGUGGUGGAAGGUGAAAUUAAGGAGAUGAUUGACAUGUCUAUUAAUGGCCCUAAAUAUCCUGCAGAGAAGGAGCUGGUCAAGGGAGAGCUGAUUUACUUGCAACACUACUUCGCUGUCCCCUUCAUAAAUGGCAUGAUGCACGUUUUGAGCAAGAUGACUCUGCCAAGAUCAGAGUACCACGUGUUGUGGGAUCUAGCAAAGAAUGGCCUAAUAUUUCAGAGAAAUUCGAAUGACUUGGGAGCGGCCUUAUCUUUGACACCGUGGAUAAAAGAUAUCAUUCCGAAUUGGAGUGGUUAUAACGGCUUGAGGAAAGGCAACCAGUGUUUAUUAGAUUUCUUUCAGAAAUUAGUACAAGAAGUAAUUAAAACCCAUGACGGUACACACAAUCGCCAUUUCCUCGACAUGUAUGUCAAAAGAAUGAAGGAAGAACUUGAAAAAGAAGGAAAGUCUACAUUUUCAGUGGACCAGUUAGUCCUGACUUGCGUGGACUACAUGUUCCCCACCGCUACGGCCACGGAGUCAGUACUGGCCAUGCUGAUCGAAAGAAUACUGCUGCAGCCAGAGAUUCAAGACAAAAUUCACGAAGAGAUCGACAGAGUAGUCGGUAGGGGACGGCUGCCCAAUCUUGAUGACAGAAAGAAUAUGCCCUACACGGAGGCGUGCCUCCGUGAAAUGAUGCGGAUCGAACCACUGGUGCCAUUGGGUGUGGCGCACCGCUGCAUCACCAACUACAAGUUCCACGGAUACGAUAUACCCGAGGAUACGGUUGUGAGCGCAAACUAUUUGGUCCUUCACAUGGAUAAAGAGAUCUGGGGUGACCCUGAGAGAUUCCGCCCGGAACGGUUCAUAGCCAACGGCAAAUUGGACGUGUCAAAAGACAAGUCGCUGCCAUUCGGAGCUGGCAGGCGUCUAUGCGCAGGAGAAACUUACGCUCGACAAACAAUGUUCCAAGUAUUCGCUGGGUUCAUGCAAGCUUUUCAUGUCUCCACAGCCGACGGGAAACCUCUCAAGAAACCAUCCAAAAGAAUACAGGGCAUCAUCACCACUAUCCCUGAGUUUUGGGUCAGAGUCACACCGAGGAGAUGAAUAAACAUAACAAAAACAUUGCUUAGCCAUGAAUUUAUUAUAACAAAAAUUAGGGAAACAUACUUUAUGCUGUGAUCCGUCAAAAUUCAUUAGCAGUAAAUAAAAACAAUGUUAUUUAGUCAAGAAGCUGUGUUGCUAGAAGAAACAAAAUGGAUCCUAGAUAUAAUAAAAAAUAAGGUAAUAAAAGCGCUGGUUUAAAUCCAGCUUCACACCUUUUUAUGUUAAAAUUAAAAUGGUGGCAAAUAAGCGUACCUAUGGCCCGCUAUUGGAGAGGCCUAUGUCCAGCAGUGGGCUAGGAUAGGCUGUUGAUGAUGGCCCGCCUGAUGGUAGGCGGUCACCAUAGCAUAUAGAUGCUUACGAUAUCAAAAAUAUCACUCACACCGUUGUAUACCCUAAACCAAUCCUUCCAAUCCAAUACCCUAUCCCGUGGAGUCCUGCAACUUUACUCCCCGACAGAAACACAACGCUACCAAGAGGUAGUGUUAUUUUACUGUGUUCUUCUGUAAGGUAGAGGUUACUUCACCGGAUGGGCGGCGCUCCAAUUCGAGCGAAAAUCCGCCGCUGUGCUCUCUUACACGGAGUAGAAAAUUAUAUUUUAAAACUCUAUUUAGUAAAAACUUUGUAGUUAUAAAAUACUUAAAACUAUUUAAUAGGUCUAAAGAAAAUAUAACUAGAAAAAAUUCCACGCGGACCAGGCAGCAGACGGGACUCGAACCCGCACCCUUCGCAAUCCGGGCGAAUGCACUGACCAAUUAUGCUACCGCGGCCCUCACGGACCGCGUCGAA